UCAAUCUCGUGCGCAGACCGAACAUUCUACUAGACCCGGCCUAUAUACAGAGUAUAAUCUAUUGAUCGUCAAGAUCGCAAUCAAAUUUGCGGCACGGUUCAUUUUAUUUUCUGCGCGCGUGUUUUUAGUCCACUACCUUUCAAAAAACCAACAAAAAACCUAAAUUUCAGUUCUCGGUUAAGUUAAUUACGGCCGUGAGAUAAGAAAACUAAACCUACACACGUCAAUUUACGCACACAAAAAGUUUAUGCAACAUGCAUUCAUCAAUUUUGGAAGACUCGCCCAAUGCGCGCAUCAAUAAGACGAUCUUGGAUCGCUAUCUAGCGCUGCCCCUGGAGGAGAACAUCGUCCAGGCGACAUACGUGUGGAUCGAUGGCACCGGCGAGGAUCUGCGCUGCAAGGAUCGCACCCUUGACUUUAUACCCUCAAGCCCAAAGGAGUUGCCCAUUUGGAACUACGAUGGCAGCUCGUGCUAUCAGGCGGAGGGCUCGAACUCGGACACCUAUCUGUAUCCAGUGGCCAUCUACAAGGAUCCCUUCCGUCGCGGCAACAACAUUCUCGUCAUGUGCGACACGUACAAGUUCGAUGGCACUCCAAGUGCCACAAACAAGCGCAAGUCCUGUCUCGAGGUGGUCAACAAGUGUAUCGAUGAGCAGCCCUGGUUCGGCAUUGAGCAGGAGUACACAUUCCUCGACUUUGAUGGCCAUCCAUUAGGCUGGCCCAAGAACGGUUUCCCCGGUCCCCAGGGUCCCUACUACUGCGGCGUUGGUGCCAAUAAGGUUUAUGCUCGUGACAUUGUCGAUGCGCAUUAUCGCGCUUGUCUCUAUGCUGGCGUCAAGGUGUCCGGCACCAAUGCCGAGGUGAUGCCAGCCCAAUGGGAAUUCCAGGUGGGUCCCUGCCUGGGCAUCUCCAUUGGCGAUGACUUGUGGAUGGCUCGCUUCCUCUUGCACCGCAUCGCUGAAGAGUUUGGCAUUGUCGCCACUUUGGAUCCCAAGCCCAUGCCUGGUGAUUGGAACGGUGCUGGCGCUCACACCAAUGUGUCGACGAAGGUGAUGCGUGAGGAUGGCGGCAUUCGGGAGAUCGAGAAGGCGGUGGCCAAGCUCUCCAAGUGCCACGAGCGUCACAUUCGCGCCUACGAUCCCAAGGAGGGUCAGGACAAUGCGCGUCGUCUCACCGGCAAGCACGAGACGAGCUCGAUCAAUGACUUCAGCGCCGGUGUGGCAAAUCGUGGCUGCAGCAUACGUAUUCCACGCGGCGUCAAUGAUGAUGGCAAGGGUUACUUUGAGGAUCGCCGACCCAGCUCCAAUUGUGAUCCCUAUUCGGUGGUCGAGGCAAUCUUGCGCACCAUUUGCCUCGAUGAAUAAGAGAACAAGAAACAUCGAAUUACACGAAUUAUUAGAAUUCCAUCAUUCUGUCACUUGAACCGGACCCGGACUCGGAAAACUAGAUGUAGGCCCCAAAACAAAACAAAAAAAAAAGAAACAAACAAACGAGUAUAAUUCAACGUAGUAUAACUUCUUUUCUCUCGAUCCUUAAGCAGCUCUUAAAUGAUGUCAUGUAUUUUUUUUUUUUUUUUUUUUUUGUUAUUGUUGAGCAUUGUUGUUAGGUUAUAGUUAUAUUAACGAAACACCUUGAGCGUAGGUUUAUCUUUAUCAAGAUGCAGAGAUGAAUUACUCGAUCAAAUCAUAUCACAUACACCCACCAAAAUCCUAACAAUAUACGAUAUAAAUGUGAACACCAAAAUGUAACAGAGAAAGAAGAAACAACCAUAAUUAUUAAUGAUAUUAUUUAACUACAUUUAUGCCUAAAAUACAUACAUAAAUCUAUAUAUUAUAUACUAUACUCUUUAGAUAAGUAAAUGCACUCAAAAAAAAAUUAA